AUGCCAAAUAAUAGUGAGUUUUUUUAUGAUUUGUGUUCAAAUUUUCAAAUUUGUAAAUUUGAAAAAAAAGCGAAAAUACGGGGGAAGUACAUUUUAUUACCUCCAAAAUGUAACCUUGGUUUUUUCAUGUCCGUUUUUUUAUCAUUUCAGUUUUUGAGAUAAUUGAAUUGACUUAUUCAUUAAUUUUGAUGAACGAUUAUUAGAAAUUCAGUUUUAUUGCGAUAGGAUCUGUCUUUUUUUGAAACAAUAAACAUCUUUUGACGUUAUUUGGCUGUUGUCCAAACUUGAGAAAUCACGUAGAACACAACUCGCCGUGUCAACAAUUGGAGCUUGUGUUAGACUUGGCUUGAAAGAAAAAAAGAACAUCGCCAGUUGUGAAAAUAGAUGAAACUUUGCACUUCUUUCUCUUUUUUCUCGUUUUUUCCUCAUCUCGACUAACCGAAAACCACUCAUUUUGUGACGAAAAAGAAUCGAUCGAUUUGCAAACUCUUCUCUAUUUAUUUUUUUCUUUGAAAGUUUCUUGUUUGUUUGCUCGAAUUGUGAAACAAAAUGUUUUUUGAACUUCGCGGUAGUUCUUUUCGCCUUUUUUCACUUCUCACUUUUUCAAUUUCCUAUAUUUUUCCUGUUACCGCAAUUAGUGAACGUGAAUGAUUUUUCUUCCGCCUUCAUCAACUUUUCUCAAACUAAUUAUCUUCUCAUUUCUAUUAAUAUAAUUUAUUGUAAAACGUGAAGUAGUUAUACUUUGCUCUUUUUUUCUGCAAAAAAUGAAAUAUAUUUCUAGAGAAAACGGAUGUCUGUUUCUGACUGACUUAUUUGAUUUUCCUUGUUCGCCUUGUUUUUUCUUUUUCUUUCAGCUGUUAACGUCAUGAACAAGCUUGUUUAUAGUUUGAUCUACAUUUCUUGUAGUUUGUGUUAGUUAUAAAAAUUAGACAACACGAAGGGUUUUAGGGUGAGCAAUAAAACAGCCUUUUAGAAAAUUGAAUUAUUUCAAAUUUCUUUAAAAACUGAAUCAGUUUUUCCCUAUUUUCAAAACAUAGUGAAUAAUUUGAAAUCAUAUUGCAAACAAAAUAUUGAGCUGAGACCAUUUUACAUCAUCAGAUUAUCUUUAGCUCAAUUUUCCCCCUCUUUUCCUCCUUCUUCCUUCCUAUUUCCAAAAAUUAGUCAUUCAUUCUUUUGCAGAUAUUUUCAGUUUUUUCUCUUCUAAUUAUUUUUCCAAAUUUUUCACCUUUUCUAAGAAACUUUGAAAUGACACCUUUUCUAAAUAACGAACUUUUAUUCAUACCAAAACACAAUACACAAGGUCAAUUUGGUCAAGGUUUCUGCAAAACAAUGAAGAUUGUUCUUUUUUGAUUUUAGAGGAACGCAAUGGGAUUUUCUUGAAAUUACUUUGAAAAAAGAUUAGCUAAUCCAAUUACUAUAUUUUUGACGUAACUUUUUUUUCAUUCAUUGAUACCAGGUGAAAAACAUUGUAGUCUGAUAUUUAUUUUCUUUUUCUGUCUAUUCUAUUCUCACAAAAAAAGUGAUCUCAAAAACAUGAGUUUUUUUUAUUUCCAGCCAACUCACAUAAAAAUACAUAAUGAAAUGAUAUCCCGGAAAUUAUUUUUAUUUUUCUAUUCAAUGUUGCAUGAUGUAUAUUGGAUAAAUAAAAUUAUUAAAGUCUGGCUUCCCUUUCAUGAAACCAGGAACGCAUUUUGUUGAGGCUUCUUUUUUUCGAAAAUUUUGAAAAGCUUUUGAUGAAAAAUCAAAUACUUGUAGGUUUUAACUUUCCAAACAAUAGUAAAAACAGAAUCUUGGAACCGCCACUGGACAAAAAUCAUUAGGUUCAGCUCAUUCAUAUCGAUAGAUAAAGAUACAUAUAUACUAUAAGUCUGAAAACUCAGAAAAAGUUUUAAAAAUUCAUGAUUUUCAACCAAACUUGAUUUCAUAAACUUACUUGAACUUAUGUCAUUUCUAGGCUCUCAAAAAUAUUGAUCUAGACGAUGUAUCUGGUAUGUAAAAUAGCUUCCUUUUUACUCUUGUUAUAAGUUAUUUUUGCACAACUCCGAGCUCUGUCACUAAAUUUAGAAUUUUCAGAAGUAAAGUUUAAAAAAAAUACAGUUAAAAUUUUUCAUACAAUUGUGACAAAAAAAUUUUUGUUCUGUACAAAAAAACAUAAGAAAAACUAUUAUUCUGUGUGCCUUCUCUUUUUUUCACGAAUUGCUAAUUGUAAAAAUUUUAUAUUCGAAUCUUUCUCUUUUUAUGCAUAAGAAAAUAUAUUUUACAUUUUAAAUCAAAACUUUGUUAUUAAAACUCUCUUUUUUCUUGAAAGUUGAACUUUUUUGACGACCAAACCAAAUUAAUUCCGAUUCAUCAAAUGUUUCCAGUGAAGUGAAAAAUCCAGAAGACUACUUCCCGGUUAGAUUUUUCCUAAAUGAUCAUUUCGAAAAUCAAACCAAACGUUUUUGAAAAAAAUUGAUGAACAGUUUCAGAGAGAAAACAAUGAUAAAACAGGCUGAUCAGCAAGUUAGGGAUCACUUUCAAACUGUGUUUCCAGUUGAACAAAUUUCUGAAACGUUUUUUUCGUUUGGUGUCAAUGUUUGACACGUAAUUAGGAGUAUAAAAAUGGAACGUUUGAAACUAACAGUCAUUAGAAACAUAUUCUAUAUUUCUGAAAAUGUUAGAGAACAGUUUCGAGAAAUUGUCGUUAGAUGGUGAGUUUUUUUAAUGAAAAGUUUUUUUUAAAAUAGAAGUUCAUUGAGCUCACAUAAUCACAAUCAAAAAGCUAUGUUAAUUUGACAUUCAAUUAAUUGAUUAUCAAAUGUGUGGGCUAGGAAAAAAUAACCCUUCAAAGUCAUUUAUUUUUAAGAUCAGAAGCAGUUGUAAUUUUUCUCUCCAAAAGCUCAUUGGGUUCAAAAAUCAAAUUUCUGUUCAGAAUGUUUCGGUCAUUAAUUUUGAAAAUAAAUAGCCAAGCUUUGCAUCGAAAAUGUUCCUAAUGUAUUGAAAAUGUUCCUAUGAACUUCAAGGAAAUCCGAUAACUUUCUCAAAAUCAAGUUUUCUUUCACAUCAAUUGAAGCUACACAAUUAAUUUUUAGCUCUCCAUCUUUUCACAAAAAAAACGACUCGAAAUCCAGCAUUUUUCCAGUCAGUCAGUCAGUCAGUCAGUAAAAAGGACUCAUGAGCUCCGCCUUCUCUUUCUGUCUCUCUCUCUCUCUCUUUCCGAAUUUCUUUUUCUUUUAUUCUGAAUGAAGGAAAAAGAAAAAGAAAAAGAAAAAAGAGGAAGAGGAAGGCUGUGCUCUCGCAUUUCUUCUUCUUCUUCUUCUUCUUGCUCCAAAAAUGCAUGUUUUUUCUCCUCUUCUGAUCUUCACUCUUUUUUUCUUCUUUCUGAGGAAGAGAGUUUUUCACUGCUUCGUCUUCUUUCUUUUUUUUGCUACAUACAUUUGUUCCGUUUGUGCACUUUUUGAAAGUCGUGAAAGAAAAAAAAAACUUUUUUACAGUUUUUUAAAAUUAUGAUUGUUCCACCGGUUUCGAUGGUUCUUUAUCAUGAACUAUCUUCGAUUAAAAAUAAAAGUGAGUUUAAAAACAACCUUUUUAUAUUGUAGAUAUAAUUAGUUUUGAGAAUUAUAUUGCCCUAUUUGACCUAUAAAGUAUUGAUAAAUCAUAGCUAAAUAUAAAUAAAAUUCAUUUAAGGGGAUUCCGAACUAAAAAAAGAUAUACAACACGGAAGUGUCAAAUUGUAAUGAGAAUACCACCUCCAUAAAUAAAUAUAACUUUUUUCCAGAACGGGAAAAAAUUCCCGAAGGCACAUUAUGCGUUGUAUGCGGUGAUUUGGCGAGUGGUAUACAUUAUUCGGUUGCCAGUUGUAACGGGUGUAAAACAUUUUUUCGACGAGCUCUUGUCAAUAAACAGACUUUCACGUGCCAAUUUGCUGGCGAUUGUGUUGUGGGAAAAUGUAAGUCGACUUUUUUUCGCAUUCUCUUCCUUUCCUUUUUGGAACAAAAUUGGAUGCUGACUGAAGAACAUCUUGGAGAAAUAAGAUAACUUGAACUUUUUUUUGCUUUGUUUUGAAAAAUAGAUAUGCGGAAAUUUGAUAGCCAUUUUUUUACACUUUAAACCAAAAAACACUAUCCUAUCCAGUCAAUUUACAUUCCGAUUAAAAUGUGAUAAUCCUUUUACUAAACGGAAGAUUUGUAUAUUUCGUGAUCUUCAUUCUUAUUAAAACGAUAAUAUCUUGCAGCUGUUCGAUGUGUUUGCCGAAGUUGUCGACUGAAAAAAUGUUUCGAUAUGGGAAUGGAUCCCAAGGGUAUGUGUUUUUCUUUCCUUCCUUCUCAUAAUUCUCUCUCGUUUGAUUAGCAUCUAAAAAGUUUCGCAAAUUUUUUAUUUCGCACAUAUAUCCCUAGUGUAAUUGAAUUUCCCAUCAUUUUGGGAGCGAGGGAGAAAAGAGUAAUUUGGAAGUUGGGGAUAGAAAGAGUGCAAUAAAACUAGAGACUUUCAGCAAUUCAACACGAUCGAGACAAAAUUCGAUAUACAAAAGCUUUGAAGAAAAAACGUGAUGAAGAGAAACGGAUUAAGGAAACUGUGAUCAAGGAAGAUAUUGGAAGUCCACAAAGUAUAACAUCUGAUACAUAUAUUAACACAUCUACACCAUCUUCAAGCACAAUGGUAACAAUGAUGGAACCUGAAACAUCGCAUUUUGAUUCAGAGGCGCAGGUUUGUUAAUUAGCUUAUUUAUUCUGAUUCUCAUUCUCAUUCUAAAUUGAACUAAUUACAGCACGAUGUUCGAACAAUGAUCGAUAACCUAAUAUCCAUUGAAAAUAAACUGAUAGCAGUUCGAAAUUCAUAUAUGUUUGAACCUCAUCCAACAGCAGCUUUUUCAAUGUGUCAGAGGUAAAUCAAUACCGUAUUUUCAUUACGCAAGUGGAAUAUUUCCACCUGUCUUCUGGGAGAGAAAAAAAAACAAUUUAGUUUUUCAGUGAGAGAGAGAGAAAAACGUUUUCCAAAAAAUAUGUCAUUUACACAUGUCUCUCAUCCAUCAAAAUAAAACUUUGCACUUUUGUAUUGAACAGGGAAAGCAAAAUGGAAAAAUAUGAAAGGCUGACAAAUUAUAGGCUUUGGGGAUUUCGGAAAAAUAACAUUCAUAGAAUUGUCUAUAUUUAUUUUUAGCCAAGCUAGCAUUUCAAUCAUAAUUGAAUUUUCAAGAUGACUAUCAAAUUUGGAAAAAAAAUCAAUUCUUUUGCAGUAGUCUAUUCAAAGAUGAGAAUUGGCUGGCUGAAAACACAAUAACUCGAAUACCAAAUAAGCCAACAGUUUGCUCAUUGGAAAAUAUGCGCGAUUGGUUUGUUCGAGAUUUAUCCCUAAUGCUCGAUUGGGGUAAAUGUCUACCCAUUGUAGACGGAUUAUUGCUUAAUGACAAGGUGAGUAGACUGAAAUAUAUAUAUAUAUAUAUAGACUAAUAUUAAUUAUUAUUUUUGCAGCUGGCAUUAAUGAAAGCAUUCGCGCCGAUAUUCCCUCUAAUUCAGUUAGCAUUCUAUACACGCUGUCAAGAAAAUGAGAAUGAGGAAAUAGAUUGUAGUGGUGUCGUAAUUAGUAAGUUUGUUUUUUUUGUACAAAAAAACUGAAAACAAAGUUGUUUUUUGUUUAGAAUUGGAACCUGAUUGCACACCUCCACCUCCAAAAGUUCCUGUUGUUCGAUUAACUUAUCCAGAUGGAACAUUCAUUGAGAAACAUGAUGAUACGGCUGAAACAUCACAGUUAGUUUUCAGCUUUUUCUUUUUUUCCAAACUGACAGUUUCAUUAAUGCCAGAUGUAUUUCAGUGAGCAAAUGAAUCAUAUGCUAAUCGAUGGAUGUUAUAAACUGAUGAGACAGCUGCAAGUCACAGAUUCGACCUUUGUGUUAUAUAAAAUGCUACUGUUUCAUAAUCCAGGUGAGUUUUUGGGGUUUCGUCAGGAUUAGAAUAUUUUUAAAUUACGUCGAAAAAUGUUUGGGAUCGUAGAAUGAAUCUAUUCAUUUGAAAAGAGAUCUUUGAAAAAUUAAUGAUUUUACAACAUUUUCAAGUAUUCUUUUUCGUGAAAUUACUUUUCCGAAAAACUAUGAAAACUUAAUCAACAUUUGUGUUUUAGAAGAGUUACUUUCAAUGCAUUUCAAGAUUCUGAAAAAAUGAAUUUUUGAAUUUUUUCCACCUAUCUUAAUUCCUAUAAAUGAGUUUUGAGUUCUACGCUUGAAAAAGUCCCCGAUAAAAAUUGAUCUUCUUGGUGAAUCUUCACGUUUUUUCAAACGAUUAUUGAAUCAAAUUAUUAUAUUUUUCCCCACUACAUGGACUAAAAAAUCAACAAUUUAUUUCAGAUGCUGAAGGUCUAUCUGUACUUGGAAAACGAACAAUCGAAACCGAAAGAAUGAGAUUAUUAACACAAAUGUACUUCUAUCUAUCAAAUGAGCGAGGACGAGAAGCACAGACAAUGUUCUCAAAUCUUCUGAUGAUGUCAGCAACGCUCAGUGUAAGUUUUUUUUGGAGAAAAAAACAAAUUUGAUAAUAUCUUUAUAGCAUGUAGUUAUUGCACUUUUAUAAGCGUAUUUAUGGAAAAAGCGGAAGUGACUCGAAAGAUUUUCUGUUUGUAAUACUUUGGGAUUAUACUUUUUGAGAACAACAAAUAACAAAAUGCAACAAAAAUUUGAAUUUUGAAAUUAGCAUAGCAUUAAAAAUUCCCUGGAGCCAAAUUAUUGUGAUUUACUAUAUUUGUUUUUUUUUUUCAGAAAACAGCAUCUUUCAUAAAACGUGUAUUCGACAUCAAUCAUAUUUUCAAUCGAACGAAUGAUUUAAUUGAUCAACUCAUUAUUGUUGGAAUUUAA